AUGCGUGUGCUGGGGCCGGAGAAGCGGCUGGGACGGGAGUUUGUGUCGUGUGAGCCCGUGAGCUUUGCGGAGGUGGCCGUGUAUUUCAGCAGGGAGGAGUGGGCGCUGCUGGACCCUGCGCAGCGAGCGCUCUACCGGGACGUGAUGCUGGAGACGUACCAGUGCGUGGCCUGGCUGGCUCCACUUCCAGCCCCCAAGCCUGGGCUGAUCUCCCUGCUUGAAGGAGGGGAAGACCCCUGGAUCCCAGAUGUGCGUAGCCCUGAGGCCGUGCCAGGAGACCUGAGCCCAGGAACUGGGAUUACAGAUAUACUGGAGGAUGUGCAGGAAAGUGGUGUGGCCGAAAGGCGGUGGGGUAGUGCCUGUGUGGGAGAAAUCAGAAGGGAUGUCGCAGGAGGCCUGGAGCAAGGUCAGGGUGAGCACAUCAAGAAGGCACUGGGAAAGCAUCUGGAAGAGAAAGGAAGGAGCCCACUGCACUUCAACAUAGGUGAAAAGCAGGACGUAGAGCCCAGGAGCAAGGAUGUGUGUCAGAUGAAAAAGCAGAAUCCAUGCACUGAGUGUGGGAAAAGCUUGGAAAUACCUUCCAGUGUCAUUAACCACCAGUGCAUGCACGCAACGAAGAGCCUGUACAAGUGCUCUGAGUGUGGGAAGAGCUUCAAACGGAGAGCCAAACUGAAACGUCUCCAAUGCAUCCAUACAGGAUGGAGACCCUACAAGUGCUGUGAGUGUGGGAAGAGCUUUAAAAGGAGUUCCCACCUCACCUGCCACCAACGCAUCCACACAGGAGAGAGACCCUUUAAGUGCUCUGAGUGUGGGAAGGGCUUCAAAAGCAGUUAUGAAUUGAAGGUGCACCAGCGCAUCCACACAGGAGAGAGACCCUACAAGUGCUCUGCUUGUGAGAAGAGCUUCAAAAGCAAUUCUGAAUUGAAGCUGCACCAGCACACCCACACAGAGGAGAGACCUUACAAGUGCUCAGAGUGUGGGAAGAGCUUCAGCAGAAGUUCCCACCUCAACUUCCACCGGCACGUCCACACAAGAGAGAGACCCUUUCAGUGUCCUGCGUGUGAGAUGACCUUCAGAAUCUGUUCUGAAUUGAAGUUGCACCAGCGUAUCCACACAGAGGAUAGGCCCUACAAGUGCUCUGAGUGUGGGAAGUGCUUCAAAAGGAGUUCCCACCUCUCCUGCCACCAGCACAUUCACACAGGAGAGAGACCCUUUCAGUGUCCUGAGUGUGGGAAGAGCUUCAAAAGCAGUUCUGCACUGAAGCGCCACCAGCGCAUCCACAUAGGACAGAGACCCUUUCAGUGUCCGGAGUGUGCAAAGAGCUUUAAACGCAGAUCUCAUCUCAACAUUCACAAGCGCAACCACAAAGCACAACGGCUGUAGAAGCACCCCAAGACUCUGGGAACCUUCAAAAGCAGUUCCAGCCUCGUUAGCGACCGGCACUGCCACAGAAGGUACAGAUCCUGCAGAGCCUCAAACUUGUGAGGAGCUUCAGCCAAAACCCCAGCCUGGUUACGACCUGUGGCUUUGUGUUUUGAACCUUACAAAUCCCUUGAGUAGAGGAAGAGCUCGGCAGCCAAAAUCCAUCUUCUUCUCUGCUGCUCUUCUUUCUCCUCUUUGGAUGCGAAUUCUGCAUGUUGCUCUCUGUCAGCUGCAGUCAAGGUGUUGAGCGGACAGUCAAAGGAGAGUCCAGAGUGGGAUGUGUCACAGCCACUGGAAACCCUCUGCCAGGUGGCACGUUUCUGCCAGGGCAGUGUGCAAGGACAGUCACCUCUUAUCUCCCCUGUAGACACUCACCUGCUGUGGGACAACAGGUGAGGACCCAAAGGAAACCUCAGCUGGGCCGAUACGUCGCCAGGAAGGAAGAAAUUCUGUCUGCUGGGAGUGUGGGAAGAGCUUCAUCUGGAGCUCAACCCUCAGUACACUCCAGAGAACCAACGCCGGGGAGAUUCCCUGUGAGUGCCUUGACUGCAGGAAGAGAUCCGUCCAGAGCUGGGAGCUCAUCACACACCAGUGGAUCCACGUGAGGAACCCUACAGAUGUGCAGCCCGCAAGAAGAGCUUUGGCCACAGCUCGAACCUGCUGAGGUAGCAGAGUGUCUGCAGUUGGGUGAAGUCCAGGACGUGCCUGCACCAGUGAGUUCACGUGGCAGGAAGCCUUAGCAAUGCCUCGAGUGUGAGAAGGGCUUUGUGCAGAGCACGAAGCUCCUCCCUCGCAGGAGAUGGCAGUCGUGGCAGAAGUCUACAAACGUCCCAUGUGUGGGAAGAGCUUCAACCACAGCUCCCAGCUGAGCAAGCACCAGGGGAUCCACUCAGGGCAGAGACCAUAGAUGUGCCUGCACUGCAGGAAGAGCAUCAUCCAGAGCUCCAUCCUCGUUAAGCAAUGCCCACUCCACGUGACAUGGUGGCCCUGCAAAUGCCUCUCCUACAGGAAGAGUUUCUCUCAGGGCUGGCACCUCAUUUCUCAUGGGGAAAGCUCCAGGAGAGAGAGCUUGAGGAUGCCCAAGGAUGUGGUAGACCCCUGUGCUUCUCCCCACACAGGAAGAGCUGGCAAAGGAGAUGGCAUCGCUGGCACCCUCUGCAGAAGGGCCUUAACCCAGGAGCUUCAGAUGGCCUUUCCUUGCUUCCCAAAGCAGUUCUCUCAGCAUGCCCACGUUCCUCUUCUGCUCUUCCUGCCUGCAGCUUUUUGAUGCCAUUUCCUUAGGAGAAGCGGCUGUGUGGGGAUGUUCUGUGUGUCUGUGUGCGUGUGUUGCUCUCAGUAAUUUCUGAGUGCAGUGAUGAAUGUGAGAGAAGGGUCAGGAGAGCAGUAACGUGGCUCUUGGAGGUUUUCUUUGAAUCAUCUGUAGUGGAAAGGGAAGGGGGUGAAUAAAGUAGCUGAGU